AUGAAACUUGUGGUUUAUGAUGCUUUACCUAACAAGAACUUCGACACUUACGAUAGCUUUUUGGUUCAAUUGAUUAUUUACGUUCAAAGCGACCAAAUCACCCUAGCUCCACAAUCAAUAUUGAUCGAUUUCGAGAUGGCGGCUUACAAAGCAUUUUUGAAAAACUUUCCAAUGGCAAAUAUAAAAGGGUGUCAGUUCCAUUUUGGUCAGAAUAUCUGGCGACAGAUAAAGAAGAAAGGUUUAGUUUCAUGUUCCAAGGGUGUUGAAGCACGUCGUCAAAUAGCAAACAUAUUAUCCUUGCUUUUAUUACCACGUCAAGAAAUUCAAACAACAUUUUGUGAUAUUAUUGAAGAACUUAGUGGUAUCAGUUCUCGUUUUCUCAAGUUAACAGAUUAUAUUCUUCGAACAUACAUUGACCAUGCAGUUUUUCCUCCUUCUUUUUGGAACGUUUUCGAUCUUAUUGGAAUCCAACCAAGAACUAAUAAUCAUGUAGAAGAUUACCAUGGAAAAUUGAAUUAG